AUGGUGGUUACCAAACCAGAGACUGAGGAUGAAGAUGAACCGCUCAUUGCUGCCAAGCUGACUGAAGAGGAGCAAGAGGACACAACAGAACUUGAUCCACACUUCAUCAUUGAGCUGCCAGAUCAGAACGAUGCUCUGUGUUACAACAUUGAUGACAAACCUGGUACCAUCUUCAACCUGGGUAGAGACCCACUUACAGGCAUUGUAGUGAAUGGCCAGAUCAUUGGAGAUAAGAAAAUCAUCCCAGGAAACAAGAUGCACACCUAUUUCGGGCGCUUUGGGAUUGUUCAUGAGAAGUUUGGUAUCAGAUUGAUGGUGAGCACAAAGGAGAUCUCAGUGUCUGAAAACAAAAAACUGGCAACAUUCUCCUGGAUUAACAACAAGACAUUAGAAGGACUGAAGUGA